AUGGUCAUGAGAUGCCAUGAGUUAUUCCUAAUGCUUUUUUGCCCGUCGCUUUCACCCUCUUCCUCCCUGCAGGUGAAGGUGCUGAGGGAAGCAGACCGGGUUGGGCCAGACGGCAAGCCGCAGUCCAAGGGAGCGGCGUUCAUUGAGUUCAGUGAGCACCAACACGCUGUAGCGGCGUUGAGGGCGCUCAACAACCACCCCACCAUCUUCUCUCGUGACGCUCGCCCCAUUGUGGAGUUUGCAAUUGAGAAUGUCUCGAUAGUGAAGCAGCAGCAGCACACGGUGAGGCAGCAGAGCAAUAGGCGACAGGUAGUGCGGCAGCAGCAGAAGCAGAAUGAAGCUGGGGCCACUGGUUUGGGGAAAGCAAGGGGUGCAAAGAGAAAGCCUGAGGAGGGCGAGGCACUUGCUGUUGGUGAUGCUGAGGGCUCUCCAGCAAAGAAGAAGCAGAAGCAGGUGAAUGGAGGGAAGGGGCAAGGUCAGCAAGAAAAGCGGCAGGGGGAGCAGCAAGAGAGGCACGGGAAAGGACCUGGGAAGGACGUGAAGGGGCAUGCGGGUGCAGAGGUGCAAGCAGGCGCUGCAGCAGAGCAGCAGAGUGUUGGUGUGAAGGCACCGGGUGGAGUAGAAUGGGGAGGGGUGAGAGGCAGUGGGAAGGCCGAGUUAAAGAGGAAGCAGAAGGGUGCAGCAGGGAGUGCUGGUGUGUCCCCUGCUGCUGCAGUGAAACCUGUUGCUGCCUCUCCUGCGGCUGCUAUGAAGGCUGCUGUAGCUGCCGUGACUCUUGGUGCUAAAAAUCCAAAGACAGACCCACAGAGGGGAAAAGCAGCGAUUGCGUUGAAAGCUGUUGCUGCCUCUCCAUCUUCUGUAGUAAGUCUCGGUUUUAAAAGGGCGAAGAUAGACACACGGAGAGGAGAAGCAGCGGCUGCAGUCAUGGAGGCUAGGCGAGCACAGGCAGCAUUAGCUGGGUUGGGAGGAAGUGGAGGAGGGGAGAGGGGCAAGGUGAGGAGCAAGAAGGUGUCGGAGCAUCAGGAGCUGGUGGAUGAACUUGAUAGGCUCGUGGCGGCUUACAGAGCAAAGAACUAUGGGUAA